AAACAAACAGAAAAAAAAUUCAACACAAUGCCAUCUUGUGGCGGCCCAGUUUAUCAGCCCACCACUGUCUCCUAUGAACCUCGUUCGAGCAGUGGCAAUGGCUCCGCUGGCGGUAUGGGUGGUUUCCUGGGGCCGGCCUCCUCCAUGGGAGUUGAUUCUCCGCUAAGGAUUUUUCGUAAACCCAAACCACAAGUUGCCCUUCUGCUGUUCGCCCUCAUAUCCUUGGCUGCUGGUGUGGCCAUGUUGGCCAGUGGUUAUGUUGAUUGGAUUGAGGAUCAAGAAUAUGUCAGAGAAUUACAGCAACAGACCCCUAUAACAGCUGUGGAAAAUACUCGUCCCACAGAAAGUAAUGAGCAGACACAAACAGAACAACAACAACCCGAAGGCUCCGAAGAGUCUAGCACUAGUGAGACUCAAACGGAAGCGGUUAAUCCUUGUGUUGAAAUUCCAUUGGGCAUAUUAUUGGGUGGUGUAUUUAUGACAUGUUUGGGACUGGCGGCUAUGGGCGUUUAUCUCAAAGUAGCCGAUUGGCGUCGCAGCUGUGUCUGUCCUUGCCCCUUUUUCGACAAGAAACAAUCAUUGGCCCGCCAACUGCAAUGCCAAAAUGUUGAUGGCGGCUGUGGUGGCCAAGGCAUAAUGGCCUUGAAUCCAUCCACAGAUCCAUUGGUAUCGCACACACAAUAUGCCCCCGUAUCGGAGUUGCCAUCAUUGCGGGCCGAAGAUGAGGAAAGACGCAAUUUGAUGCCAGAUAAUAAGGAUUGCCUCAGCAGUGCCGAGGAAUCUGAUCGUAUGCUUGAACCCGAUCCACGAAUUGUUUUACGUCCCAUGGGCCGCGUUGAAGAUGCCUAA